GCACAAAGCCAUUGAAACCAGGGGAAGUUACACAAGGGUGCAAAACUGUUUAUGGAGCCAGAUCACACACUGGACCCAGUGUUGCCCCGUGGGCAGUAGGCUGGGCUUUUGGCAUUUGCGUGGGAGCUCACCAAUGAGCCUCAGAGGGAAAGGCUACAACUCCUGUUUGUUAUAACAGCAUCCUCCUCCAGCAUGGGCGGGGUCCGAGGGAACCAAAAUAAACAUGACACAGCCUGUUAUGUGCAGCCCCAGAGCAAUAGACUGCCACAGCCAGCAAGAGAAGGACAGCCUGAACUGUGACUCUGGCAAGAUGAUCAAAUCCUUCAAGCAAACAUUUUUGUCCCUGGAUCUGCAGUCCCCACGGUGGAGCUCAACAGAGACAAUGGCAAAGGACUAUGAACUGCGUCAGUACGAGACGGCCAAGUGGGUCAGCACAGUCAUUAGAGGAGAGCCCCAGAAGGAGGCAAUGCGCCAGGGCUUCUGGAAACUCUUCCACUACAUCCAAGGGAAGAAUGAGAAAGAAAUGAAGAUUGACAUGACUGUGCCAGUGACAUGCCUGGUAAAAUCUGGCUGUGCAGACUUCAAGAUCUCUUUCUUCAUGCCAUAUGAACAUCAGGAUUCCCCCCCACAGCCCACUGACUCAGAUGUGUUCAUUGAAGAGCGGAAGGCAGCAGCCAUUUUUGUCCGGUCCUUCGGUGGAUUUGCAUCCCCAGAGAAAUAUGCUGAAGAAGCUGAAGCGUUGUCCAGAAUCCUAAGAAACAGAGGCCAACCAUUCCAUGAAGACUUCUUCUAUACUGCAGGCUAUGACAGUCCCUUCAAGCUUUUUAACAGGCACAACGAAGUGUGGUAUUUUAAGAAGUAAUGGGGGGGGGAAUAUUAAGUGGCUACUAAUCAGCUCUGGAUGAAAAAAGACCUCAUUAAUAGCUUUUGCUUUACUGCAGAAGGGGGUUUAAUUUGCGCAUGGACACAGGAUCAUGUUUAGUUCUCUCUAGGACGAAAUGGUACUCUAGCUAAAACCAGUUUCAGCUCUUCCUACAAGCUGGAAGGGGAGGGAGAUGUGACAAACCUAUUCUUACUGAAAGGUUCAAGGGAACACAAAUGACCUGAAAAUAUUCCUGCAGAACAGUCUGAAUGUCCUGCUUUACUUCUAUUUAGAAGUGCUACAGCAGCAGCUCAAAUGUUAUGGAGAGUGAGUUCUUCCUAGGGCUUAACUUCCACAUUGUUAUCACUCCUAAUAUUUGUAUGGGGAAAUCAAAUGGAAAUCCACUAUUAGCAAGUUUUGGGAAGCAGCAGUAUCUUACCAGGUCCUGGUGCCUCAAGUAGUAACAAUACUAUUGAAAAAUAUCAUAUCCCCCAGCUUCCACUUCAACUGUUUCUCCCUUAUGGAGGCUGAAUGCUGUACUGGUCCAGACUAAUGCCAGGGACCAGGUUAAACCAAGAAUGCAGUGGAAAAGGGUUAACAGUGUCCAAGAUGCGUGCUUAUACUGUGCACCUCUGCACCUGAAGAUGCAGUAUCAGACUUAUUGGUGGACUGUAAUUUUAGGAGCAAAUACACAAGUAGUAGUGUUUCCUCUCACAUGCAAAACACUAAUUACUGAAGGUUUUUUAGCUUUGGUCAGCUACAGUCUGCUGUCUAGCAACACAUGACACCUAAGUCAGACACUUGCAGGACUAGCAUUUCAACUACUUUAAUCCUCGCUCUAAGUCAACUUGCAGCUUUUAUGAAAUAGCCUAGAGCUGAUUUAUAGGAAGUUGUUCAGGUCAGAAAGCAGUCCACAACAGGUAGAGUUUACAAAGCUUUAUUGGUUCUGAUUAGUAGCAGGCAGGCAUUACCAGUAUGGUAAACCACCUGUAGCUUUUUUAAUGCUGUUCAUGCAAGUGUAACCCAUUAUUCUGCUCUCUUCCACCUAUUAAGACAGACAUAAGAACCACUGUAAGGCACCAAACUAGUAUAAGAAACUUGCUGGGAACAACUCAGACCUUAGGUAUUCAUCUCUGUUCAGAAAGAGAGUUCAAACUAAGGUGAUCAUCAUUUGGUUCCCACAAAUAAAUUUCAGUAUUACUAGAGUUGCACUCACCUGACUGGUUCUUCAUACAGCAGCUUCAUAGUUGCCUCCUCACCUAAAGCAAGAAAACAGUUAACAAAUGCAACAGCACAACUGCUAAAAGCUCUACAGCAGCUUUGUAACCUCAGACAAUGGGGAACAGAAAUGUUUAAUAUCACAGGAAUUCAUUUGGCAGAAUCAAAUUUCAUCAGUGGCUACAGAAACUCUCAGAACUCUCAUCAGAAUUUAUGCUGUGUGCUCUUACCCAGUGAGGCUGAAGACAGCAUGAUCCUUUCCUGAGAAAAAGAAAAGUUGUUUCAGAGUAAGGCAAAUUUAAUCUACAAAAUGCUAUUCACUCCCUUUUUUUUUAGCCUAGAAAUAGGGCCACAACAGACAUGACUGGUGCUUUUUAAUUCAAGGGUGUUGUGGCAGUGUCAGUUCACAUAGCAGCUAGACACAUCAGAUGAGUUGCAACAGGAGUCCUGCCUGCUGCUGUGGCUUCUCCUGUACUAUGUCUAUCAACACUGCACUGGCUACAUGACAUCCACUGCUUCAGCUCCUUUACUAUUUCCACUGUGUAGCUAUCCAGAAAUAAAGCAAGUUUUCAGUUGUUCA